GAAAUCACGCAGCGUCCAUACGUUGGCCCAAGCCAGAGUUAUCGAGUUGGUUGUGGCGCAACUCGGUGACUAGCCACAGAGGACAGCCCCAGCAAAGCCACACUAUUCUAUGUGGUGGGAAGCCCUUUUUCACACCAGACUCAGAUGGGUCGCAUAUAAGAAAGCGAACCCACACCAACUCAUGCGACCGUUUGGCAAUUGUCUUGGGCGCCGAACUCCCCUUGGAGCCAUCGUCGCCGGAGGAGCUCAAAACUGCAGCCCGCCCGCGCCGUCUUGUCACCGCUGGGCUUCGCACUCUUCUUUGUCGUCUACGUCCUCCUCAUCAAGUGGUGAAUCCUCCGAGGCUCGCAAGCAGCGCAAAGCUGCCAAGUACCGCACCAUGUCGGGCGAAUCAAACUACAUGUCAUGGACCAAGAACGGUCUCAUCGAGCGUGUUAAGGAGCUCGAGGCCGAGCUGAGGUCCCGGCCGGCCCCGCCAGCCCCGAAGCCGGAGCCGGUUCCUCAGAAGCAACCCGAGCCCGAGAGCGGCGAUGGUGCGGCGCCGUCGGCUGCGUCAGAGGUCAAGAAGCCCAAGCCCAAGGGCAAGCGCAAGGUCGAUCCGUCCAAGUACUCGACCCGGUUCAUUGCGCUGAAGCUGGCGUACCUGGGCAAGAACUACGGCGGCUUCGAGUUCCAGGCCAUGGCCACGCAGUCGUCCAUCGAAGAGGAGCUGUGGAACGCCCUGACCAAGGCGUGCCUCAUCUUCCCCAAGGACAACAACGUCGUUGACUUUGACUGCUGCGAGUACUCCAAGUGUGGCCGCACCGACAAGGGCGUCAGCGCCUUUGGCCAGGUCAUCGGGCUCCGCGUCCGCAGCAACAGGCCACUGCCCAAGAAGCGAAGCCCGCCAAGUCAGGGGGCCGAGGGUGCAGAUGCCAUGGUGGUGGAUGAACAGUCUGAAGAGAAGACGGAGGCAGCAGUGGAGGGGGACGAAGAAGAGGAGGAUACACCUUUUGACUCGAUCAAGGAUGAGCUGCAGUACCCACGUAUACUCAACCGCAUCCUGCCUCCCGAGAUCCGCAUCCUCGCUUGGUGUCCCGCGCCACCGCCCAACUUCUCUGCUCGCUUCUCGUGUCGCGAGCGACAGUAUCGGUACUUCUUUACGCAGCCGGCCUUCUCGCCCGACCCCAAGGCGGGGGGCAAGUCGGGAUGGCUCGACAUUGAGGCCAUGCGCGAUGCUGCGAAGCGCUACGAGGGCGAGCACGACUUCCGCAACCUAUGCAAGAUCGACCCCGGCAAGCAAAUCACAAACUUUUCCCGCACCAUCUACGAGGCCGACAUCGUGGAGGUCAAGGACGCUUCGACUGCGCUGCCAUAUUUGGCAAAUCCGGGCUUCGCGCCUGCGGGGGGGCUAGACGGGUCGGCGAUACACCCCAAGGUCUACUCCUUCAACGUGCGAGGCUCCGCGUUCCUGUGGCACCAGAUCCGACACAUGGUUGCGGUGCUGUUCCUUGUCGCACAGGGCCUCGAGAAGCCCGAGGUCGUCACGCAACUGCUCGACGUGACCACCAACCCGUGCAAGCCCAACUACGGCAUGGCCGACGAGGUGCCACUGGUUCUGUGGGACUGCAUUUUCCCUGGAGACGAGGCCGCGCCGGCAACCAAGAAUGGUGACGCCCUCAAGUGGGUGUACCUGGCCGAUGACCCGGCGCUCAGCAAAUUCGGUCAGUUCGGCGUCAUCGACGGCAUGUGGGCGCACUGGCGCGAGCACAAACUCGACGAGUUGCUGUCGAACCAGCUCCUGCGGCUCGUCUCGCGACAGGGCAGCUCCGAUCCUUCGCAGCGAAUCGAGCGACCGGAGACGGUUGCGCCGAAUAGCAAGCAGGCCAACAGCAUCGUCGUCUACGAGGGCGGAAACUGCGGGCGCAUGGGCGGACGAUACAUCCCGCUGAUGAAGAAAGACCGGCUGCAGGCGCCCGAGGAGCAGAAUGAACGGUAUGCGAAGCGCAAGGGCUACGCGGGAUCGGAGGACAUGAGGCAGAAAAAGGGGUUCGGCAAGCGAAAGAUGGACGAGUCCAUGACGGACGAGUAGACAUUAGAUAUCCAUGCUGAGGUCAGCAUAAGUUCAUGAAAAGUGACAAAGCGCUGGGACACAAUAGACAAGCGC